GCGGCGCAGCAGUAGCGAGCAUGUGCUACGCAGCCCAGUAACCAGGGACGACCGCGGCUACCGAGCCCCGGCGGCUGCGGCGCCCAGCCCCGCGCAACUCCCCGCCGUGGCCGCCUGCACCGCCGAGGCCUGGCCCUCGCCGGGUCCCCGAGGCCCCUUGAACCGUCAGUCGCGAUCGCGCAGCGCGCCGGAGCCCCGCGCACGGGACGCGCGGGCACGGCCAGACAAAGGCGCGGCCCCGGCCCGGCCCAGCCCGGCCUGCCGGCCUCCACGCACCCCGGCCCGACCCAACCGCUCCCGCUGGGCGCCCCAAGCGGGUCCGGCCCGGGGAGCGGGGGCCGCGGCCGCCGAGCAUGGGGAAAUCCAACAGCAAGUUGAAGCCUGAAGUUGUGGAGGAACUGACCAGAAAAACCUACUUCACUGAAAAGGAAGUACAGCAGUGGUACAAGGGCUUCAUUAAGGACUGCCCCAGCGGGCAGCUGGACGCCGCUGGCUUCCAGAAGAUCUACAAGCAGUUCUUCCCAUUUGGAGACCCCACCAAGUUCGCCACAUUUGUUUUCAACGUCUUUGAUGAGAAUAAGGAUGGCAGGAUUGAGUUCUCCGAGUUCAUCCAGGCACUGUCGGUGACCUCAAGGGGGACCCUGGAUGAGAAACUGCGGUGGGCCUUCAAGCUCUACGACUUGGAUAAUGAUGGCUACAUCACCAGAAAUGAGAUGCUCGACAUAGUGGACGCCAUUUACCAGAUGGUGGGGAACACCGUGGAGCUCCCUGAAGAAGAGAACACACCAGAGAAGAGGGUGGACCGGAUCUUCGCCAUGAUGGACAAGAACGCUGAUGGGAAGCUGACUCUUCAGGAGUUCCAGGAAGGCUCCAAGGCCGACCCCUCCAUUGUGCAGGCGCUGUCCCUCUACGACGGGCUGGUAUAGUUCAGGCCCAGAGCGAUGCGUGGGAACCACGAGCCUCUUCCUGUGCCAUGAGGCGACCGCAGCCUGACACCGCCCCUGUGCCCACCCUGCCGUCCUCAUCUCCACAAAGCCGGCCGCCCUUGAGCCUCCAGGCCUGGGUUUUCCUUCCCCCUGCCCUGCAUCCACCUGCCGCCUAAAGCCACCGGUUCCAAUCGUCAACAACUUCCGCUUGUCCAAAACAACGACUAACCGAAACGGAAAGGCUCCAGCCCUCUGCAACACUGAGCGCCUGGCUGUCUCCCUCGAGCAGCCGCCCCGUUCUUCCUGCUGUCCGGCCUGUGUGCUUUCUUUUUUUAUUUCAAACGGACAUUGUAAAAGAAAACAAACUACCUUCUGUUCUAAAAGAUACUGACCAUUGGGAGAAGGCCUCUGUCUCUCAGAGAACUCAGUCCCUGCCUGGUCCCCUGCAGUGGUGGCCAGGGGCAGCGAGGCCACUGGCUGGCAAGGGUAUUAGUGGCAGUGGUUCACGGGAUAACAGUAUUGUGCAUUUGGUGGAGAAACUGAGGGUUUUUUUUUUACACUCAUGUAUAAUUGAUACCUUUUAUUUAUUGGUUGUUAACUAUUGCUGCUACCUUGUGUGUCUGGAACUCCCAGGAUGCUGGGCCUCGUUUACACGUGCACAGCCUCACCCGCCUGCCCGCCUCACUUGGGAGGAUGGUGGCCUGCAGAAGCCAAAAAUCUUUUCCUCUUUUUUUUUUUCUUUCAGAUACCGUGCUCCAUUUUUGGAGAGGAGAAGGUGGGCAUUCCUAAAUGGCUAAUGUACUGUUCCCCCAGCUUCUGCCCUGGAGUCCCCACCCCUCUCCUCUGCUCUCCUUGGAAUCCAUAACACUUUUUUCAAGAGCAAACUUGAGGGGUUUUUUUUUUUUUGUUUGUUUGUUUGUUUUUUUAAUUUUGCAACUUUAAAUUUGAUGUUCACAGCAGAGAGAAAAGCGGAGAGCCCUGUUCUGGGAGUGGGAAUUGGGAGGGGGGGUUGGGCACCCAGUGUAGAGAGUGUAAAGAAGGCUUCUCUGCAAACUUCUGGCCUCCGCUUCUUUGAUGCUCAGGGGCUGGGUACAGUGCGUGAGUUCCUCUGCUCUCCUGCCUGUCUGCCUUUUGCAGCUCUUCCCUACUAGGAGUCUGAGAAAGAAGGGCCAGGAGGGCGGGACCAGGCCGUGACGCUGGGGAGGCCACCCUGCUCCUCAGGGCUGAGUCUGGAGAGAAGGCUCCAUUCUUGUCACCAGGAGCAGCGGGCAACCAUGGACUAGAAGCCAGGUGCCCAAGGCUGGCCUUCUCUGGGACUUUGUAGUCUUUCCCUUCUCGGUCAGCAGAGCUGGGAGGCCUGGUGGUUGGCCUUGUUGAUGUUGUGUGAUUCUCAGCCUGGAGCUAGGGUUCCUGUGUUUGUGACACUGUUCUGUGGCUGUGUUUUCUAGGCCCCAGAGGGCAUAGGACCGUAUGACCGACAGUCCAACCCCCAUAUAGUCUCUGGGGUGUGUGCUCUGGCCCAGGGGCCGACUGUGUCUGACGGCACGCCCUUUAACCCCUCUUUAGGAUUCUCCAGACUCCUGAGCUCCUUUGGACUCAUUCUUACCCUGGUGAGCUUUCCUGGGUGAGCCUCCCAGCUGCAGAGGCAGACAUGAGCCCACAGUUCUUGCUUCUAGCUUGUGUAGCCUCUCUGCCCACCAUUGAGAGGGGGAAGGUGGCCCCCGGGUUUUUCUUCUGCUCCGAUUCUCCUGUAAUCUCCACCAUAUUUCUGGGAGGCCAAAAAUCUUCCUUGCUAAUGACCCGUGGGUGAGCAGCUGUCAGCGGAGGAUUGAUGUCCCCCAUCUAGAGGUGGCUGUGUCCUGCCUGUCCACCCCUGCGGGUGGCAUUGCUUAGUCAGCCCGUGCACACCCUCGUCAUGGGUAGACCCUUUGCUCAUGCUCUGCCUGUUGCUAGCCCACAGGACUCCAGUUACACAGGCAAUUUUCUUUGGGACCUCUUUGGGUCAUCUUCCUGCUCGGUCCCCGACAGGGCCUCUAGGACCGGAAGGAGAUGUGGCGGCGUAGGUUGAGAGGACGAGAGUGGACCUCUCUCUGGUUUCUGUCAGUGGACAUGUUUGGUGGCAUCAAGACCCAGUGGGUUCCUAGCUGAGGACUGUCAAGGGUUCAGCAUAGGGGAUCCUCAGCUUAGGGGUUCACUGCUGUCUGUGGGUCCAGGCUCCCCCUCAGCAUCUCGGCUUUUUGGUUUGUAGCCUCCAGCGUGGCUUUUGGUCUUCAUGGUUUAUGUCCUUGGGCCCAAGCCUCGGACUUUGAGACAGCCUGGGCUGCCUUUUCCUGGCAGGGUGUCGGACACUAUUUUUGUUCAAGGGCGCGUGCUGACUGAUGUCUGUCUCUCUCUCACCAGCAGUUAGCGGAGGCACACAGCACGCCCAGAAUCUGAGGCCAGGCCUCUUCUGUGCAGCCCGGGGGCCUCUCCAAGUUCAUUUCCACAGAGGCCCCACCCCAUCUGAUGCUGCUUUCUUUAGGGGUGUGGUCCAGCCGAUGAGGACAGGCCCCUGGUCCCUCGGCAGACCCUCCUUUUUAGGGCCAGGAAUGCUGUGACCCCCUUUUCCAAGCAUCUGCUGCCCACUUUGUGUCGAUGGUGACUUAGGAGCAUAUCACGACUUUUCAGUAUCUAGCCAAGUUUAAAAUAACAAGGCAACUGUAUACAGCAUUGUAUCUCUCUCUCUCUCUCUCUCUCUCUCUCUCUCUCUUUCUCUUUCUCUCUUUAAUGGUCUACAGUUGAUUUCUUAGGAAGGGGUGAUUCAUUUGCACUUUGGGGGACAUUGUCUCUUCUACAAGAUAGUGGGGUGUGCAGUGCCCGGGGAUCCCUGGCAUCUCUCCUGAGAAAGCCCCCACUGUUGGCCAAGCAGAAAGCCUCCAAGAUUCUUCCCAACGUGUUUCUGCAUUUACAUGCAUUUACAUGUAUUUACAUGAUCCAAGAAUGCACGGGGACGCCCCCUGGUGGUGAUGAGCCGCAGUGGCGCCUGGGGAUGCAGUGGUUCAGCCAGUGGUGAGACUAGAGGUGGGAAGGCCGAGGUGGGGGCUGUGAUUCCAGAGGUUCUGGGCUCCCAGCCUCACAUAUCUGGCCGCAUGUCUCCCACCCACCCCUCUGCUAGGUCAUCUGGGACUGGCAAGGUAGUUGGCAUAAGGGCACAGUGGGAAGCUUUGCCCUCCCAACUUUAAUUUUUUUUAAAAAAAAUAUCUGCAGAAUAAAUCCAAUGGCUAAUUUUUGAAUGAAUAAAAGGCUUUUGUUGAAUAAA